UUCUACCUGUCCAGAAAUCCAAAGCCCGGUCUCCAAGCUGGUUACUUUUUGGUAAUAUCAUGGUUCGCAUAUGUUUCAUGUAGGUUCCAGUGGAAGGGGCACAAAAUGGAGAUCUUUGUUCCAUGAGAGAGGGUUGCCAUCGCUUCCGGUAUCGGGACGCGCACCGCGGUCUAUCCAGCUGUGCUGAAGGUUAGACUGGUCAUGUUACGCCUUGCUUAUCAGUAAACAUCCUGAUCGCUGCAUUCUACAGGUGGAGAACAUUCGGGAAACUGAAGCAGGCAAGCACGGGGUUAUUGGAAUGACGAUCAUGGACGCAAUUGUCAGGUUGAGUGGUCGCUUGAAAGCAAAUCAAAGCAUGAGAGAAUUCCUCGCAGAGAUGAUGGGAACAUUUAUACUUAUGGUAUUUGGUAUUGGAUCAGUUGCACAACUUAAACUGGGUAAAGAAGUAUUAGGUGGUUUUCUCUCCGUAAAUAUCAGUUGGGGACUUGGCGUCACGUUCGGCGUGUUCUGGUCACUUGGUAUCUCUGGAGGACACAUAAACCCAGCUGUAACUCUUGCUAUGGCCUGUUUUGGAAGGCUGAAAUGGCGAAAACUACCUGUGUACUGGGCAGGACAGACGCUGGGCUCCUUUCUCGCCUCAGCCUGCAUGUACGGCAUUUACAAGGAUGCACUGAAUAUAUAUGAUGGUGGAACUCGCCACACCGAAGGAGCUUUAGCCACCGCAGGCAUCUGGUCUACAUAUCCAUUUAGCGAUGGAAAAAAGAGCAUAUCCAAUUGGUCGGGCUUUUCUGAUCAGAUAUUUGGGACGAUGAUACUUGUGGGCACUAUUUUUGCGCUGACGGACAACAAAAACAACGGCGCAGAACCCAAGCAACUUCCUUAUAUGGUGGGCUGCCUCGUUUGGGUUAUUGGAAUGACGCUGGGUUUGAAUUGCGGUUAUGGUAUCAAUCCUGCACGUGAUCUAAUGCCAAGAAUCUUCACAGCCAUGGCUGGUUGGGGAACGAAACCAUUCACCGUGCAUGACCAUUGGUUUUGGUAUCCAGUAUUUGGUCAACUGAUUGGCGGAGUCCUUGGUGGUGUGCUGUACACAGUCACAAUUUCAAUGCAUCAUCAUCAUGAGUACGAGGUUUCAAACACUCCGAGGGCAGACGACGUCAUCGUCAAAUUUUCACGGAAAAGUGGGGAUGACCCCGGAUGCGUUCAAAAUAAGGAAUGUGAAGUCGAACAGUGAAUACAUUUGGUAUGAUGGAAAGUGAGAAAGAACGCUCUCUGUGAUUGACAUACAAACAGCUCAAAUUCAGAAUUUUAUUUGUACCCUUUUCAUUUUAAAAAAGAAAAAAAUUCUUCUCAAAGUUCACUUUGGGGAUGGCAGAAAGUGUUGUGUCGCUCACGCCAUUAUGUGAACGGAAAUACAUUUUUUUAAGUAAAACUUUGCCUCGAUCAAUUUUGGAAGGCCCACCAUAUUCUGUAGGAAGCUUUCUGUCAUUGUCCGGUAGCAAUCUAGUGUCUUGUAGUAAUACACCGUGUAUAUCUACGGGGUUGUCAGAACGAACAAUAAGUGUGGUUUUGUAUCUGCUAUAUUUUUGUGGCUUUAUUCGGCAAAAGGAAUCAAAACCAUCUCUUUUUAAGCCAAGGUACUUCAUGUAAAAAUGAGGUUUCUUUAUCUUAAAAGGAUUCUUUUAGGGAGCGAAACAAAUAUCUGAUUUGAAGUUAUCUUACUUCUGAAUCACUGGACCAUGACAGAACUCUUAAGUUGAAAUUUUCCUCAGAUUUGAUACAAAGAGUAUACUGAUUUGUGCGACUAAGCAAACCAUAUAAUACAUAAUGUACAAAGGAAAUAACAUAAAAUCAAUGAUAUGUGUACUUAGUAAUUUCACUGAGAUUUUAAAUAAGUGUUAUGUCUAUUCGAUACAUAAAUUUUAUAAAUCAUUU